GGUACCGUCAAAAGACACUGGGAAUAUUUCUGUCAGCACAGUAGAAUGAAAAUCUUUGGAAAUAAAGAAACUGACCAAAGCAAUACAGAAAGUGAGGCAAAAUUUGAUUUUACAGUCAUGUCCUACAAUAUACUCUCACAGAAUUUGUUAGACGAUAACUCCCACCUGUACAAACACUGCAGGCAACGAUUGUUAAUCUGGACAUACAGAUUUCCCAACAUUCUACAAGAAAUCAAACAGCUGGAUGCAGAUGUACUCUGUUUACAAGAAGUCCAAGAAGACCACUAUAGAACAGAGAUCAAGUCAAGUUUGGAAUCUCUCGGGUAUCACUGUGAGUAUAAAAUGAGGACAGGGAGAAAACCUGAUGGCUGUGCUAUUUGCUUCAAAACUUCCAAAUUUAGCCUGAUCUCAUCAAACCCCGUGGAAUUUUUUCGCCAUGAUAUUCCACUCUUGGACAGGGACAACGUUGGACUGGUGUUGCUUUUGCAGCCUAGGUUUCACUGUAAAACUAAUGCUGCAAUCUGUAUAGCCAAUACGCAUCUGCUGUAUAACCCAAGGCGAGGGGACAUCAAACUGACCCAACUUGCAAUGCUUCUGGCGGAGAUUGCUAGUGUUGCCCCCCAGAAGGAUGGUACCUUCUGUCCAAUUAUCAUCUGUGGUGACUUCAAUUCUGUUCCUGGUUCUCCAUUGUACAGAUUUAUAAAGGAAGGAAAGUUAAAUUAUGAAGGACUUGCUAUAGGGAAGGUCUCUGGACAAGAACAGUUUCCAAGGGGACAAAGAAUCUUAUCUAUUCCAAUUUGGCCAAAAAAAUUAGGUAUUUCACAAAACUGUGUGUAUGAAAUAAAACAUCAAAAAAAAGAAGAAAAUGCAGGAGAAAAAUUGGAAGCAGCAAAACUGGACAAUACUCAGGAGAUUGUAGCAGCAUCUGAAAAAUUGUCUUCAAAAUUGCGGCACCAUUUUAAAUUGUCUUCAGUCUAUUCCCAUUACUUUCCUGAAACUGGGAUACCAGAAGUAACAACUUGUCACUCCCGAAGUGCUGUCACUGUGGAUUAUAUUUUCUAUUCUGCAGCAAAUGAUGAUACUGCUGCCCAGCCAGGAGCGGAGGAUUCUUUUCAUGGAGGUCUGAAACUUCUUGGCAGGCUGGCACUUCUAACAGAGAAAGAUCUUUGGACUGUUAAUGGUCUUCCCAAUGAAAAUAACUCUUCUGACCACCUGCCAUUGCUAGCAGAGUUCAGGCUUAUUGAACGGUAAUAUCCAAAGGACUUUUUGUGUAGGUAAAGUUACCUUCACCUUCUCUCUUCCUGUGAUUAUUAUUAUUUUUUUAAAGGUUAAUUCAAGCACUGCUGGUCCGGUUUAAAGAAGUUUGCAUGCAUGCUGAUUUGUUAGUGUUGUGUAAAGUAGACUUUUUAAAGAAACUUUUUUUUUAAACGUUUAAAUUACUUUAUGAAGUCUUUAAGGCAAAAAGAAAAGAUUUUACAUUAGCUUCCUCUUUGAUAAUGGAAAACAUCUGUGCCAGUCUCAAAAUGGCAUUAUUUUUCACAGAGAUGCUGUAAACGGUUUUUAUUGUAAAUGAUAGUAAAACUGAUUAUUCUCUGAGAACUGUGUGCUUCUUCAAGUAAAGGGGAGUGAGUUUGUGUGCAUGCCACACUUUAUAAUGAGCUAAAAGUAAUGUUUUACCACAAAGUUGCUCUGUAGACACUUUUAUCUAAAUGCUUCUGCAAAGGAAUUUCCUCAGUUACCUAGAGUGUAGUCAGUGCAGAGGCUGCAAGACUGGACUUCUAAAGGAAGAAGAUAACUUUGCAGUAACCCAUAUAUUUGUUACUUCUUUAACUUCUAAAAGCUUAAAUAUAGGUAGCAUUCCCUGGAUUCUUUUUAAAAGUAUUUGAAAUAAAGCCAAGUUUAAUGAGCAUGAAAACUUAUA